ACAUUGACAUUUCAAUGAUUUGGACCAGUUGCACCCCUAGGAGAUGGCAUCGAUGCCAUGGUGAUGGGCUUACUAGCAAUGAUUCAAAAAUUGGAAAUUCCGGCCGAUUUGGAUAGGAAUUGUCUAAUUUCCAAUUUUCUUCACGACCUCCCAUGAUAUACAUGUCCAACUGAAGUCGGACACUACUAUUCAAUUUAUAGGAAGGGUCAGUCGGGAGUCGCUACUCCAAAUUGUGUAGAUUUCGUUCCGGGACGUCGAAACGGAAAAAAAGCCGUAAGGAUAUGAGAAAGAGGAAGCUCAAAAGGACUCGAUCGCAGAAACAAGCCAAAGAUUUACAGCAGCAGGAGGAGGAGCAGCAGCUUAAAAGCCCUAUAAUGGUGGAAGAGGAAGAGCCAUCGGAGUCAGUACAGCAGGACCAAAACUCGGAAGACCAAAUCCCUGAGCACAUGGAAGGAGAACAGCCAUCUCAGACACCUAAAGACCAUAACCUAGAUGAUCAAAACCCUACCUUGGUGGAUGAAAAAGUAGAAAAAGAAGAAGAAGAAGAUCAAAACCUCGAAUUGGUGUUGGUGGAAGAAGAACCGCCACCGCCACCUCCACCUCCACCUCCACCUCAGGAUCAACGUAAUGGCUCUGAUGGAACUCAUGACCUAGAAAAACAGCCCCGGGAAGCCGAGGCGCCGGAAGGAAUUCAUGAUCUAGAAAUCCAGUUCGAGGAAGCUACAGUUCUAGAAAAAGUAGAUGAAGAAGAACUACAGCAACUGCAACGACAACAUGAACAAGAGCAAAAACGAGAAGAAGAGGAACAAAAACAGAUUCUGCUACAAGAGGAGGAUAAUGAACCAGAACCAGAAGGUAUGCCCCUGUCUCCUACGCUCCCUCCUCCUCCUGCCCACGAAAUUACCCUUUUUGACAUACUUCCAAACAAUCCCCCACACAAUGCUCCGAACGUCUCUCGGAAACCCCCCAAGAGGAAGAAAUCUCUCAACCAGCGGCAACGUGCUGCUCUUGAGAAGAAACUUCAAACUGUUAAGGAAAAGCUACAGCCAAUUCCUUUCAUCCCCAGUAAAACCCUAGAUUUCUCCAAGCACGAGAAGCUUCUUAAACGUCUAGGGUUGUGGGAAUUUGCCCAUUUGGAGUUUGAUCGAGAGAUCCGGAAAGGCCUACUAGUUCAGUUAAUCGUCAAUUUCAACCCUCAGCAACGUUGCAGCUAUGUGAACGACUACCGGGUCAUGGUCAAUCGAGCCGAUCUCGGCCGAGCCCUGAAACUACCCCUGAAGAAAGAUAAGAGUAAUCAGUCGGAAUCUGCGGAUUCUGAUUUGGAGAAGUUACCUGAAGACUUCGUUGCUUUUAUGGAGGAUUUUGUGUCGACUUGGUUUUUUCUCCAUGAGGAUACCUGGAUAUUGCCAAAUGAGAUUGUGGCGUGGUGUAGGCUUAUCAGAGAUGGGCACCCGGAGAAGGUCGACUGGCCUGGAUUGAUCUGGUUUAUGGUAGAGAAGGAACUCACACAGUCACCGCAUUUGGGCUCUUGUUAUUACGCUUCACACUUGCAGUUCUUGGUCAAGGCUCAGCAUGCAAAUCUGCUUAAAGAAGAAACCGCAGAUCUGCUUAAAGAAGAACAUACAAUAGAUGUUGAUAUGAAGGAGGAAGAGGAUGCUGACAUUAAGGAAACAAAUUUGGAGGAUUUCCAGAGAGAGGAACAGAUUGAAUUGAGUCUGGGACAUGUCAAAACUGACUGUGAGCAGGUUAGAGAUGAGGAUGAUGUCAUGGACUUCCAGGAUUGCAAGGAUGAUGAACCUGGACUUUGGCAUCUGGAUGGUAGGAACAGUGUUGGUGAGAAUUUCUUGCAGCGUUGUAAUCUAAACGAAGUGGGGGGUUUAAAGAGUGAACGUGAAAGGAAAGAAGUGGAAGAAGCGAGGUAUGAUCUUUCAUCAAAACCCACUAAUCUGGAGCGGUUAUCUUCUACCGAGCUUAUUCAAGCUAUCGGAAGUGCGAACAUUUCAUUUAAUACGCCUGCUCACCUUUUUAGUCACCCUUCUGGGGAAUUUCUAACUUCAAGGGUGGAUGACCAUAUGAAUGCAGUUGGUCCAUCAUCUGUGUUUGAAAAUGGGUCCAAGAGAGAGCUAGAUCUUGAUGAUGAUAUGAAUCAUCACUCGUUUAAUGGUCAACACAAAAGGAUGAGAAAUGAUGGCUCAUGGGACCAAAAUGAAUUGGACUUUGAUUCGUGCAUGGAACAGGUGCAAAGUUGGAUGGGUAAAGCUAGAAUGGUAUAUGAAGCAAAAGAGCAGGAGCUGAUGAAUUCUCAUUUAAAUCAGCAGGCCUUAAUGGCUGAGCUGCAGCAGCGGAAUAAAAUCAUUGAAGCUUUGGAUAGAUCAAAGUCUGAAGAGGAGCAGAAAAGACAACUGGAGAUUUAUAGGCUUGAGCAUGAACUCUAUGCCAUGAGCAAUUUGUUAAAUGGUUAUAAGGGGGCUUUGAAGGAAAUCCGCCAGGCAUUCUCUGAAUAUAGACAACGUUAUCCACAUCCUGAUGAGCCACUUUACAAGGAUGUUGCUGGGCCUGGUGGUGUUGUUCUUAGCUCCAUAGAACUGGAAAAGCAACGUGAGGAGCGAGAGGAAGAACUUAGGGUUUUACGCUUCAUGAUUGAAGAACAGAUGAGAGACUUUGAGCAAAGGUGGUUGGGGAAGUUCGAGUUACAUCUAAAAGAGGAAAAAACCAGCCAAGGAGGUAGAGAAAGCUCGCUUCUUUCCCUUCUGGAAAAUAUUGUUGUUCCAGUUUAUGAAGGAGACUGUAACUGAAGUCUGAAGGGGAUUAGUGCUUCCUGCUAGAUUCAGUUUGAUGAGCCCACUUUGGGUUGGAUAUCACUACUCACAAAUUGGAAGCAUUCACUAACUCUAUUUUCCUCCGAGGGAUGAUGCUGCAUUUGAAAUGACCAAGUCAUAGAGUAGCAAGACAGGGUUGGUCAUUCACAAUGAGGUGGCAGAAUGGGUUGCAAAAGUUAGCAUUACGCAGUUGAUAAAGGAAUAUAAUAUAAAGAAAAUUUGCGUUGAGUUGCUUGAGAAAGAGGUCUUGCACCAAAAAGAUCAUAGUAGUAUAUUGCAUAUUGAGAAUCAAAUUAUAUAUAUAUAUAUAUAUAUAUAUUUUCUCUUUUU